GCCAAUUCCCCAAUGCCGCUGGGCUGUAGGUGAGUCCGUGGUCCCGUCCCAAUUCCCCAAACCCUCGACCACUGCGGUGGCCACUGACCGCCGGAGCCGGCCGCUUUUCCCUCCGCCCUCCGCCCGGCCGCUCACCGCCAGCCCUCACGCCGACGGCGAUGCCUUCUUCGAAGCCGCGCCCGGACGCCUCCAGCUCCGCCGACCUGCCCGCGGACGCGCUGUACGAGGUCCUCCUUCGCAUCCCCGCCAAGGACCUCUGCCGCCUCCGCGCCGUCUGCCCAGCCUGGCGCGCCCUCACCCACGACCCGCUCUUCGUCGCCGCGCACAGGUCCCGCCACACGACCCCGCUCCUCGCCGUGGCCUACCAGGAGGACGGUAACCAUAAUGGUGUUGUGAUUUCGGAUCUGUCGGGCAACGUGGUGAAGCGGAUUCCAAACACCGAUUACGAAGUUGUUCUGAUGAAGGUGAUGAAUCAUGCCGCUGGCCGGAUCUACGAUAGCAUCCGUGUUGUGCGCACGCGGCUAGACCGCAUCUGCUUCAACUGGGUUGUCCGCUCUCGGGCCUUCUCGGUGCUGAACCCGGCCACCGGAGCUACUAUCUCCUUGCCGGUGGGCUUAUCGGAGGAAUUGGAGCAUGAACUAGAGGGAAUGAUAUGGCGCUGCCGAAUCGAGUCCUGUGCUUUUGGGCAUGUCUCCUCUACCGGAGGGUACAAGGCGCUCCGUGUCUCUAGCAUUGAUGACCGACAGGUAAGUGAGGUUAUCACCUUUGAUGACACCAACCAUGGAUGCUGGAGGAGAAAGCAGGACCCUCCGUCCAGUAUCUGUACAGGUCGCAAGGUGAGAUGCGUGGUCGUCGAUGUGGUGGUCUACUUCUUGAUGGAUUAUAACUCCACAUACAAUGAGUCCGGUGUUAUGACUAUUGAGCCUGGUAGCAUGGCUUCUUUCAACCUCGAGACGGAGGAGUGGGGUGUUCUACCUGGUCCAGAACAGGUCCAGAGGUUUGUGCAAGAGAACAAUGCUUACAAUUACUCAGAACUUGAGUUCCGGUUAUCAUUGGCUGAGUUGGACGGCUGCUUAGUUGUGGUUCAUAAUAUUCAUUACAAAUCUAUGGACUUGUGGUUUUUGACAGAUUUUGAGAAAGGUACCUGGGUUAAGAGAUACAGCAUGCCCUCACAUGUUGCUAGGCCUUAUAGGUAUCCUUUUCUGAUGUUAGAUGGUGGGAGAAUUUUCUUCAGUGGUUCGAAUGGUCGACAAGGUUUAUUUAGUGUUGGAGAGCAAGGAGAGGAAUUUGUGCGAAGUUAUGAUUCAAGAAGUGACACUUACUCUGAUGUGCUAAAACUGAAAGAUUCCAGAUCCAUUAGCAGUUACACAGGAAGCCUGCUGAGUUUGUAGAGUAGCUGCCACUGAUGAGGCGAAUAAUGCAUCGUACUGGCUGUUCACCUUAUGUUCUAAAUGCGAACAGUUAGUGAGACAAUGUUCUGAUGCAUGCAUCGAUGAAAACACAAGUGUGCCUUCAGAGUAUAUUAUGUUCCAUCUCUGAUACAUUUUGCAUGAGAAGAUUUGCAGUUUUUUGUUCGUUCCAUUUAUAUGGCAUUUUCUGGAGUUUGGUCAAUGAGUUGGUAUAUUGAUAUGGUCAGUUUGUAAUAAAACAAGCUUUUGGAUGUGGUGUUUCAAAAUAUAAUACGCUGCUCCUAGUGCAACAUAUGAGUACAGGAAUGCACUCAUGUCAAUAAUAAUGCACAGUACCUUGUUCCUUAAAGGUGAUCUUACCCUUUGGUGCUUGUGUCACAUUUAUGUUGUCCUUGAAUGUUCAAUGCUACCUGGUGUGCAUUGGUGUCACUGAGUCACAUCUUCUGUUUCACUGUUAUCCUUGGAUCUCUUGGCUCCUUUCUUUUGUCACCAUUCUUUUACUGAUUUUUGUGCUUGUAGUUCAUCUUCUGCUCCGGUUUUGAAGGGACACAAAAUUAAUGGAGUCAUGAUUAAUCUGUUUGCUGAUCUAUGGGUGACUCAUAUCGAGUGAAUAUUCAACAAGAAGUCCCAUAAUCACUGGCUGUGGUAAUUUACAAGCUCUCCUCUCCGCUGCUUCCAUGUAAAAUGAAAUGAUGGCAAGGAGCUUUUCUGCGAUGAAGAGAGAACUCAGAACCCAACUCUGUAGGGCAAGGCUUGCUGUACAAAGAGCGUGAUUACCGCACGGAGAGUAUUUUCUGUCUUUUGUGUCUGGUGCUAGUUGGAUAAUUGGAUUUUAUAGAUUUUGGUCUUGUAACUGUAGGAUUCUCUCCCAUUUUUAGAUCUGUACUGAACUAUGUGGAUGCUCUUUAGAACACGUUCUUUGUUUUAUUUUGGUA